AUGCUGCUGUCCAAGUUCGGCUCCCUGGCGCACAUGUGUAGCCCCAGCGGCGUGGACCACCUGCCCGUGAAGAUCCUACAGCCGGCCAAAGCCGAGAAGGAGCCUUUCGAGAAGCUCUACCAGGUGGGCUCAGUGCUAGGCAGCGGCGGCUUCGGCACAGUCUACGCCGGGAGUCGCAUCGCAGACGGGCUGCCGGUCGCUGUGAAGCAUGUGGUCAAGGAGAGAGUCACGGAGUGGGGCACGAUUGCUGGAGUGAUGGUGCCCCUGGAGAUCGUCCUUCUCAAGAAGGUGGGCUCUGGCUUCCGAGGCGUCAUCAAGCUCCUGGACUGGUACGAGCGGCCUGACGGCUACCUCCUGGUCAUGGAGCGGCCGGAGCUGGUCAAGGAUCUGUUCGACUUCAUCACGGAGAAGGGCGCCCUGGACGAGGAGGUGGCCCGAGGCUUCUUCAGCCAGGUCCUGGAGGCCGUCCGCCACUGCUACGGCUGCGGGGUGGUCCACCGCGACAUCAAGGACGAGAAUCUGCUCGUGGACCUCCGCACGGGCGAGCUCAAGCUCAUCGACUUCGGCUCGGGCGCCCUGCUCAAGGACACGGUCUACACGGAUUUCGAUGGCACGCGCGUCUACAGCCCUCCCGAGUGGAUCCGCUACCACCGCUACCACGGCCGCUCGGCCACCGUGUGGUCCCUGGGGGUCCUGCUCUACGACAUGGUGUGCGGGGACAUCCCCUUCGAGCAGGACGAGGAGAUCCUGCGGGGGCGGCUCUACUUCCGGCGGAGGAUCUCCACUGAGUGCCAGCAGCUCAUCAAAUGGUGUCUGUCCCUGCGGCCGUCGGACCGGCCCACUCUGGACCAGAUCUUCGACCACCCCUGGAUGCUGCGCUCGGACGUGGGCAAGUCGGAGGACUGUGACUUGCGGCUGCGCACCCUCGACACCGACGUGUCCAGCACGAGCUCGAGCAACGAGAGCCUGUAGGGGAGGAGCAAGCAGAGCAGCGGCCGAGCUCUGCCCCGAGGGGCGGCCGGGCAGCGCCAGCCAGGCCGGGCCCUCCGCCGCCUCCUGGAGCGAUCCUUGUCGCCUCGCCGGCUCCGGAGCACGCGCACGACCUCUAGAAUUCCAGGCUCUCUUCUUGGCUCUCUUCGAGCUGGGACUGACGCCCUUGCUUCUGAGUGCCUUUCUGAUAGCUGCUGUGUGGGGGCAGGGCAGGGGCCGGGCCUCGAACCCGGGAUGAGCCUCGAACCCGGGACGGGCCUCCAUUCUCCACCUUCCCGCGUCUGCACGGAGGCGGCCCUCACUGCUUGGUUUUGGACCUCGGGGCCGCGGUCGUCCAUCCCGUUUCCUUGGAUCAUCUCGCCUCUGGGCACAAAGACCCCCGGCCCCCCCGGAUCAUUCGUCUUCUGCCUACGCCCUGCCUUCUCGCCGCCUGCCCCGCAGACGGCUGCGGAUGGACAGGAUGCACAAAUCAAUGCAAAUAGCCAGGACUGACCCGGCCGACCCUCCCCUGUCUGCGUAUUUAUGUCCGGAGCCCCUCGUGUAUGAUACGACGGUUUUAUUUAUUGUGUGACCAUUGAGGACAACGGCCCGGCCGCGCCGGCUGGGGCUAUUUAUUGGUUAAUUUAUUGUUUAGAGUUUAUUCUGCUCCCGAGCCGGCCCAGCUCGGGUCACCCUCGAUCCUCGCAUUCCUGUCCACUGUACGUUUUCUUUUGACUCCCCGUAUUUGUUGAAAGAUGGAGAAUUAUUGUACAAAGUCUAAUUUAAGGGGAAUAGAAUGACUUUUGUAAGUGGGGCGGGCGGGUGGGUGGCGGCACAGCACCACCGCCUGGGGUUUUGUGGCCCGGCCGCCAGGGACCCGCCGGGCUGGGGAGGGGUCUGGGGGAGGGGGGAGGGAGGCAGUCGGCGGCCCCUUUAAUUUAUUUUAUUCGCUGUGUUUGUGACCAGGUCACCCCGAGUGGGACUUGGGUUUUGGGGUUCCUUCACUUGAACAGUGUGAAAUGUACGGAGAUCAUAUUUUUUUAUACAAGUUAUUUCAAUUAAAUUUUUUUUUGUAUAUAA